AUGGGGUUGCUAGGGACAGAGGUCAGCUCUCGUAUUGCUGCUAUGUUCGUGGUCCACAUUCCCCCUGCCACCGUGCCAUCGUCAAAGCCUCACCCACCCGUCGUGGGCAAAGUGACACACCACAGCAUCGAGCUAUACUGGGACCCGGAGAAGGCACGGCGGCAGGGCCCUCCGGAGCAGUGGUUCCGAUUUUCCAUCGAAGAAGAAGACCCCCGAAUGCACACUUACGGCAUCAUUUAUACGGGAUACUCCACAAAGCACGUGGUGGAAGGUCUGGAGCCAAGGACACUGUACCGGUUCCGACUGAAGGUCACCAGCCCCUCUGGAGAAUACCAGUACAGCCCGGUGGUCACCGUGUCCACGACAAGAGAACCCAUAAGCAGCGAGCACCUCCAUCGUGCCGUCAACGUGAAUGAUGAAGAUCUGCUCAUCCAAAUCCUUCAAGGAGGCAACGUGAAGGUCGAUGUGCCCAACAAGCUCGGCUUCACCGCACUGAUGGUCGCUGCCCAGAAAGGAUACACCAGGCUUGUCAAAAUCCUCAUUUCAAACGGCACAGACGUGAACCUCAAGAACGGGAGCGGCAAGGACAGCCUCAUGCUGGCCUGCUACGCGGGCCACCUGGACGUCGUGAAGUACCUCCGAAGGCACGGCGCCUCCUGGGACAGCCGAGACCGAGGAGGCUGCACGGCUCUGCACUGGGCGGCAGACGGAGGUCACUGCAGAGUGAUCGAGUGGAUGGUCCAGGAUGGCUGUGAGGUAGACGUGGUGGACACUGGCUUGGGAUGGACGCCCCUCAUGCGAAUCUCCGCGGUAUCCGGGAACCAGAAUGUCGCCUCUCUCCUGAUCGAGGCUGGAGCGGACGUGAACGUGAAAGACAAGGAUGGGAAGACCCCGCUGAUGGUGGCCGUGCUAAAUAACCACGAGGAGUUGGUGCAGCUGCUGCUGGACAAAGGGGCGGAUGCAGGCGUGAAAAACGAGUUUGGCAAAGGUGUCCUCGAGAUGGCCAGAGUGUUUGACAGACAGAACGUAGUCUCCUUACUGGAAGAAAGGAAGAGGCAGCAGACGCUGAAGAAGUCCACCUGCUGAGCGCUGAGGCACUGGGAGCAGAACACAGCUGGAGGGCCACAGGCCGCGCGAAGAGCCCCCACCUCAGAGGGCAACGGUUUGAUUUUUUAUUUAGAUGAAGAUUCACAGUGACUUUAUUGUAACAUGCAACUGUUCCCACUUUGAAAUACAUCUUUUUACCUAA